UUCGGUAGGUUCAAAGAUGGGUUUCCUUUACUACAUAUGGUCUAAGUUUACUCAAUGUAAAGCUUUGGAACAAUCUAGUGGAGAGCUAGAAACUUUGUUUUUCGAGUCCGUAUAUCGUAUAACGUAUUUCGCAGGUUGGGCAAUACUAGACGAUACGUUGUUUUACUAUAUUUACAAUAGUGUUAUGAAGUUAUCGAUUGGUUUUCUUAUAUUUUGUGAAGCUUGGCAGUUAGUCAGUCAAUUCACAGGAUUGGACGAUAUGAUUGAUAAUUUGAAUGUAACACUCAUGCAUUUUAUAGCGCUCUACAGAUACAAGAAUAUGAGGACUAACUUAGGGAUUUAUAAAAAUCUAGCAUCCGCUAUGGAGUCACCGUAUUUCGAUAUGUCGACUAAGAAACGGCUACAGUUGGUCAAUUUCUGGGCUGAAAGAAACGAAACGUUUGUUAAACUCCUAAUUACUUUAGGAUUUUGCACCUUAGGGAUGUGGAACAUUUAUCCCCUAGUGGAUGACAUUGAUUAUAACCUAAUGAUAUCAGCUCGUCUACCGUUUUAUUACAAUACUCCUAUCAGGUACCCGAUAGUCUAUUUCAUCGUGUUGAUAGUAUUUAAUUUCACAUCUCUGUUCGUUAUGGUGAACGACCUCAUAAUGCAAGCCCAUCUCAUGCAUCUGCUGUGCCAAUACACUAUAUUGGCUGAUUGUUUUGAAACAAUUAUCGAUGACUGUAUUGAUAGCGAAAACAAAAUUGAGCGUACGAAACUGCUAAUGACAGAGAAGUUUAGACAGAGAUAUUUGAAGCGGUUAAACGAUUUGGUGGAGCAACAUAAAUUAAUUUUAAACAAUACUAUGGAAUUAAAAAAAUCUUUAAGUAUCCCCAUGUUGGGACAGUUGGCAGCAAGCACUAUGCUCAUUUGCUUUGUUAGCUUUCAAGCCACGAGGACUGCUGGAAAAAGCAAUGUAAAGUUUUUCAUGAGUGUCUUAUAUUUGAUGUACAAUUUAUUUGAGCUGUUCAUAUUUUGCAAGUGGUGUGAUGAAAUAAAAUUUCAGAGUGAAAACAUAUCCAAAGCGAUUUACUGCUCGGGAUGGGAGUAUGGUUUGAUGGCGACGAAGGGUCUUCGUGCCAGACUGAUGUUCGCUGUGAUGCGAGCUCGCAAACCCCUCGUACUUAGUGCUGGCGGACUGUUUGAUCUGUCGCUAGUGUCUUAUACCACGUUAAUAAAGACGUCAUAUUCAGCUGUAACCGUUCUCAGGAGAUUUCAGUAAUCGAAUAUAAUAAAAAAAAAAUCAAUAAAUAAUAUUAUGUAAUCAAA